AUGUGCUUCAAGUUCCAAUGCGUGUCCUGCAAAUUGGCCAUGUACAAUUACUGUCAAAAAUACAUCGACUCGGACCAAACCUGGUGCAAUGUCUCCACCGAGACGCCCUGGGGGAGCCAGAAGCUGUGCUGCCCUACGUGCGUGACAAUCAAAGGGGCCAUCCAGUCGUUGAGGGCGCUCGUCUUCCGCGAGCCAUACCUCCUCACCGAGGGCAUGGCUGGGGCGCCCAAGAAAGAGGCGUGGGAGGUCGGGCCGGGGGACAAGGAGGAGGAAGAGGACAGCGACGGCGGUGACCCGGAUGGGUUUACCAAGGAGGAGAGGACGCGUGUUCGGGCGGAGGCUGAGGCCGCAGUUCUGAAGCGCUGGGGGCUCCUGCGGGCCGACCAGAUUGCUGAGCAGGAGAGAGACGGAGAGGGGGACGGAGUGGAGGAGGCGCUUGUUGAAAUUUCUGAGGAGUAG